AAUAACCCCUCCAACCUGGAGUUCUUCUCUCUUGCUUUUUGGUUGUGCUUUCGCAAACGUGUUUCUCAUUGCAGCAAACGAUUGAACCGCCCAAUGCGCCUGUUGCCAACUUUAUAAUCGAGUAUAAGGGGCGUGAUUCUGGACACGCGAGCAGCCUCGAGAAGGAUCACUGUUAGGGGUAGAUAGGGAAGAUGCCAGCGGCUGCACAAUGGACGGGCAAGCCGUCUGUCAAGGGCUCGACAGAGUCGAUACGAAUGGCACUGCUCACCGCAUCCUUGAUCGGGUUACAAUUCACAUGGGGCGUUGAGAUGACCUACUGCACACCGUACCUCCUCGAACUCGGCCUUACGAAAUCCAAGAUCUCGCUCGUUUGGAUCGCCGGCCCGCUGUCGGGCCUUAUCAUGCAGCCUAUUGUCGGUGUCAUUGCGGAUCGAUCGAAGAGCCGUUGGGGGCGACGAAGACCGUUCAUGGUUGGUGGGACGAUUGCUGUGUCGGCGUGUCUGCUUGUGUUGGGUUGGACGAGGGAAAUUGUAAAGGUGUUCUUGACGGAGGAGACGGUCAGGGAGGCUACGAUUGCCCUUGCUGUGCUGAGUAUCUAUGGCAUUGACUUUGCGAUCAACGCCGUCCAGGCGAGCUGUAGAGGGUUGAUUGUGGAUACUCUACCUAUCCCAAAACAACAGAUGGGCAGUAGUUGGGCGAGUCGAAUGGUGGCUGUUGGACAUUUGAUCGGAUACGGAGCCGGCGCAAUGGAUUUGGGGAAAGUUUUUGGACCAAUGCUAGGAGACUCGCAGUUUAAGCAGUUGACAGCAGUGGCAGCUAUCACACUCUGCUUGACUGUGGGGAUCACCAGUUGGGCAACUACGGAGAGGGUGUUGAUCAGUGACGGGAAGGAUGAAGAGGGCGAGAUCGGCGCAAUUGAUAUGCUGAAGACCAUCCUGAAAACAGCUACGAACCUCCCAACCGGGAUUGCUGCAAUCUGCUUUGUCCAAUUCUGGGCUUGGAUAGGAUGGUUUCCCUUCCUAUUCUAUUCUACCACCUGGGUUGGCGAAAUCUAUCUACGCUACGACGCCCCUGCAGAAGCCAAGGCGUCCGGCGAUCUAACGGGGCAGGUCGGCCGCAUCGGUAGCUUGUCACUGAUUGCGUUCUCCGUGAUUACCUUCCUCAUGUCUGUCAUGCUCCCUUGGUUUGUAAAGUCGCCGGAAGAAGAGGCCCCGGGAUUUACUCCUCGCCCUCCCGCGAGCAUUGCCUCGUUUGUGAUUGAGGUAGAGAAGUAUAAGCCGUCUCUGCUCACCAUGUGGACGAUCUCGCACUGCAUAUUUGCGGGAUCGAUGAUCAUGGCCCCGUUUGUCACGUCCCUGCGGAGUGCGACUAUUAUUGUGGCUGUUUGCGGAAUUUCGUGGGCUAUCAGCUGCUGGGCACCUUUUACUUUCCUCGGCGUAGAAAUCAACCGUCUGUCCGGGACAAGCAACCACUCCUACGGCCAGAUUGGUCGAAGCUCGAUGGAACUCGAGUCUCCUGUGCAGCUCCAUCUGAACCACAUUGAGGAGUCUCACAGUUCGGGCGGAGCAGGCUCAGGCAUCUAUCUCGGCAUCAUGAACCUCUACACCACGCUCCCUCAAUUCGUCGGAACGUUUAUAUCUUGGACAGUAUUUUCCAUUUUGGAGCCGGGUAAGAGCCCGGAGCUAGCGAAGGAGGCUCAUCCCGACGAGCACCAUUCGACCGACGGGCCGAAUGGCAUCGCUGUGUGCCUGUUCAUCGGGGCGCUUUCGGCGGGCGUGGCGGCCGUUGCUACAAGACGCCUUAAGCGCAUCCAGGGGUACUAAGGCAUCGGAGCACCUGCGCGCCAGAUUUUGAAUUUGACUGACGUCUCAACGUUUGUUUACUGAAAGACAUUCACCUUCUAUUUUUGGAGCCAGGACAGGGGCGAGGGGGCGACAGGCGACGGCGGCGUUGACGAAUUUUCUUAGAGCGUUCCCAGCUUUGUUCUAGAAGGAAGGCGUGGCCCAGGACGGGCUUGCCGCAUUGGCGUUCGAUACCACCAUAGAUAUCUGAUAGAGAAUACGGCUCCGUAGCUGCACUGCAGAUUCAUAAAUUUAGAGACCCAUAGAUUCGGUGGCUGCAGUUGAGUCAGGAGGAGAUGCGGCAGUG